GUGCCUGCAAACACACACUCACACACACACACACACACACAGAGCAGCUCUCUGUCUGGGAGUCCUGGGACAACUGAUGGGAUUCAGGAGGUGGGAGGGGAAAGUAGGAGGAGUAAAGGUGGAGUGGUGUUUCCUUCCCAGGCCCCCUUUCUUUUGGCUUUCUUGCAAGCCAGCAGCUUCCUGAGUGCCUGUCCCAAGGACCCGAUGGCCCAACGCUGAGCUGACCACAGGAACCUGGAUUUGGGACUGAGAUUAGGAAAUUGUGUCUCAAAGAGGUUAAGUGACUUCUGAAUCUCCUCGCUACAGGUAAGCCCACUUGAUCCAAGAUUCCAAUGACUCUGUGAGAGUGAGUCCUUAAGACCUCAAGCAUCUCAAGCUUCCUCAUCUUUCAGCAAAUCCUCCUUUCCCUUUCUUCCCUUCAUCUCCUAGUCCAGGAAAAAAGCCACCAGGAAGUCCCAUUCCUUCUUUGUUCCUGCCGCCACAUUCUUGCCCUAUGUGCUGAGUGUACUGAGGAAGCCUGUGAGCCCAACUUAUUACUAUAAUUUCACACCUGGCAUGCUUUAUCAUUCUUGUUAUGACCUGCACCCUCCAAGUCACCUUCAAAAUUUUCCAUAACCUCAGGUGGCCCCAGUCCACACCCUUCUAACUGACUUAAACUUGGGCUGUUGCCUGGGCUAAAGAGACAAGCAAACAAGCAGAAUCUUCCCUAAUAAAAAGAAUCCCUUGUAUUUCCUAGUCUAGAGCCUCGGAGAAGCACAGACCAUUUUAUAGACAUGCUCUCUUUGAUUUUUCUACCACCCUCAGCUGGUCGUGGAGGGGAGGGUGCAACAAAAAAGCAAAGGUGGGAAUUGUUCUUCCUUCUCUGCAGUCGGGAGGAAGAUAGCAGGAAUGACUGAGGUAUGGAAUGGUAAAAAAAAAAAAAGCCAAAAACAAAAUACACACACAUGCAUACACACAUAUGGCCUCAUUUCUUUUGCUUUGACCUGAAAGAUAGAAUUAGAGGCGCAGAAUUAUGACACAGAUAAUUUUCUAUCUAAUAGCCUCCCACUCUCAAGUGUUCUGUAAUCUGAUGGAGCAAUGUCCAUGAUAACAAUGACUUCACCUUUCUUUGGUGUUUUUGAAUUUAUGAAAUGUUUUCCUUGCAAUAAUCCUGUGAAACUAUAGGCAAGUAUCAUUGCUCCCAUUUUAUAGAUGAAAAAACUAAGGCUUAGAUAGGUUUAGUCCAGGGGUGGGGAACCUGUGCCUGAUUCAGACUAAACUCCUUGGUUUAGUCAUUUGCUUAAAUCACUCCUAAGGCCAGGACCUGAAUUCAGGUAUCCUGAUUGCAGAACCAGUGCCUCCAAGUAUCAUAUGGUGCAGCAGGAUGAGAUGAUCCUAGAGGCUUAUGGGCCAUUUUUCUCAAGGCUCAGGGAGAUAACAAGCUUGUUCUAAGAGGAAGAGAAGAGGGAUCAGCGAUGACCCCAAAGGCCCCCUGGAAACACUGCAUGGUAUUGGGAUGAUUUGUUCUUCCUGCAGUGGGUGGAUGGUCCUGCCCUGCAGGCCAGUUAGCAUCAUAGUGGGAUGCCCUUCUGGGUGAAGACUUCUGUUCUAUCCCAACCUUUCCUGCUUUUCUCCAGCAUAGUGGGGGCACCAGGGGAAGGCACAGGGAUGGGUGAAACAGAACCUAACAUUUCUUUGAAAGUCAUCUUUUUCCCUCCUGAGAUUUAUCAGGACAAAACAAGUCUAAUUCCUCUUCCACAAGACAGUGGACUUCUUCAAGCAGAGUGAAUGACCAUUUGUCUGGCAUGCUGUAGAGGGGAAUUCCCACUCAGGCUUUGUUUUUUCUUCCUUUCUCCUGCUUCCUCAGCACUUUGCUAGUGCAAUGGAUGGGAAAGUGGUGAUCCAGGAGGAUGGUCCCUCAGUGGUUUCCUGGGGCCCUGAAGGAGAGGAGGAGGAGGAGAUCAGAGAUCGUGGCCAAUGGGCUAACAAGAUGGAUUUUGUGCUGUCGAUGGCUGGAGAGAUCAUUGGUCUAGGCAAUGUCUGGAGGUUCCCAUACCUCUGCUAUAAGAACGGAGGUGGUGCCUUCUUUAUCCCUUACUCCAUCUUCUUCUUCACCUGUGGCAUCCCAGUUUUCUUCCUGGAGACAGCACUGGGUCAGUAUACCAGUCAAGGCAGCAUAACAGCCUGGAAAAAGAUCUGUCCCCUUUUUGAGGGCAUUGGAAUUGCUUCUGUGGUCAUUGAGGCCUAUCUAAAUGUUUACUACAUCAUUAUUCUUGCCUGGGCCUUCUUCUACCUGUUCAGCUCCUUCACCUCACAGCUGCCCUGGACAACUUGUACCAAUUUCUGGAACACAGAAUACUGUGUGGAUUUUCUGAAUUGUUCAGGCUCAAGUAGCUCGGAGGCAUCAAACAAUAGCACCUCACCGGUCAUCGAGUUCUGGGAAAAGAGGGUCCUGGGCAUCACAACGGGCAUCCAUGAUAUAGGGGCCCUGCGCUGGGAGCUGGCCCUGUGUCUCCUGCUUGCCUGGAUUGUGUGCUAUUUCUGCAUCUGGAAGGGAAUAAAGACUACAGGAAAGGUGGUUUAUUUCACAGCCACAUUCCCCUAUCUGAUGCUGAUAAUCUUGCUGAUUCGAGGGGUCACCCUUCCUGGGGCCUAUGAAGGGAUCAUGUAUUACCUGAAACCAGACUUGCAUCGCCUCAAGGACCCCCAGGUGUGGGUGGAUGCAGGCACUCAGAUCUUCUUCUCCUUUGCCAUCUGUCAGGGUUGCCUCACAGCCUUGGGCAGCUACAACAAAUACAACAACAACUGUUACAGGGACUGUAUUGCCCUCUGCUUUCUGAAUAGUGUAACCAGCUUUGUGGCUGGCUUUGUUGUCUUCUCCAUCUUGGGCUUCAUGGCUCAGGAGCAGAGGGUGCCCAUUUCUGAGGUGGCAGAAUCAGGUCCUGGCCUGGCCUUCAUUGCAUUCCCUAAGGCAGUAACCAUGAUGCCUUUAUCUCAGCUGUGGUCCUGCCUCUUCUUCAUUAUGCUGAUAUUCCUGGGACUGGAUAGCCAGUUUGUCUGUGUGGAGUGCCUGGUGACGGCCUCCAUGGACAUGUUCCCCAGGCAGCUACGGAAGUCAGGGAAGCGAGAACUCCUCAUCCUCUUUAUCGCUGUCACGUGCUACUUGAUUGGACUGCUUCUUGUCACUGAGGGUGGGAUGUACGUAUUCCAGCUAUUUGAUUAUUAUGCCUCCAGCGGCAUGUGCCUACUCUUCCUUUCAUUUUUCGAGGUGAUCUGCGUUAGCUGGGUGUAUGGAGCCAACCGUUUCUAUGAUAAUAUUGAAGACAUGAUUGGCUACCGGCCGUGGCCGCUGGUGAAGAUCUGCUGGCUUUUCGUAACUCCUGGACUUUGCUUGGCCACGUUUCUGUUCUCCCUGAUCAAGUACACACCCCUCAAAUAUAAUAAUAUCUAUGUGUACCCACCCUGGGGAUACUCAAUUGGCUGGAUGCUGGCACUCUCUUCCAUGAUCUGUGUCCCACUCUUCUUCAUUAUAGGCUUCCUGAAGACCCAAGGCUCUUUCAAGAAGCGCUUUCGACAACUUAUCUCCCCAGCCUUGGAUCUGCCUCAGCCCAAGAAGUGUUCUGAUGGUGUUCAUAGCUUGGGUUAUUCACCUCCAACUAAAGAGGGACUGAUGACCUUGGAGAAGGAGACUCAUCUGUAGAUUGUGGUGGGAGCCUGAAGAGAGUAUUAGGUCAGAAACUUGAAAUGAGACUCUCCACUCCCCUCUCAUCAGCAUUCCCUUUUUUAUCCCCUCAUCGAAUUCUGCCAAGCAAAAAAUGGGAAUGCAACUGACUUCCCUUGUAGCAAGGGUCAAAAUUCCUAUCCUAUCCUCAGGUGGUGCAGCCAUAUUCCUAACUGGUACAUACCAUGUUACGAAGGGAUGUCUUGUUGGAACACACUGUCUUGUGAGGGAAAAGAAGUCACUUUGCAGUUCAGUAUGUUGUGAAAAUUAGAGGUAGGUCAGAGAGAGGAUUAUCUGAUUGGAUUAUAUUACACUAUCAGUGUAUGGACUAUAUUACACAACUUUCAAUUGUCAUAUGUCAUGCAGUAUGGGUUGUGUGUGUAGGGAGGGGAUCCUUGCUGAAACACAUCUCUGAUGAGAUUAUAAAUGGAUCACACCAUGUGGUAAGAGAAUUUCAGGUGAAAAAAUACCACAAGCUGAUUUGGGGGUCCACUUGACACAUGCAAUUGUGGGAAUAGCAUUAGAAAAUUUGUCCAUUGUGUUUCAGUGCUUCCAUUAAAAUUGACUA